AUGGCAAUCUUUGACACAAUAACUUACUCCAUGAUGAGAACAGCCAAAAGUUCUCUGCGUCAUCAGCUGGCAGUUCAUUUAAGUAGCGCCUUAUUUGACCAUUCCCUCGACCCGUGUUUUCCCAACAACGACAAUCCGGAUGUUGAGGAAGAUCUUGGAUACCCAGCAAUACCUGAGACCAUCAAAUCAUUGCAAGGUGAUGAGAAAGCUGCAUCACUGUAUGGGAUUCUGGAUAAGGAAGUUGUGGUUUCCUCGCGCAGCCUUAUAAGUGGUAUGAAAGCUCUCGGCUUGAGUCAGGCUCCCGUCGAUUCCCUAUCAAUCGAACAUGAAACCAUUCAAAUUGAAACGGAUAUCCGACGUGCGGAUUUCAGCAGCCAGCUAAUGAAGAGUAUUAGAUACGACUUCGAAAAUCUAUAUGGCCUGAGAAAGGCGUUGUUGAGCAUAAAAACUAUUAUGGAGUCAAAGUAUCGUUCAAACAACGAAAGCAAGCGCUCACCGUACAGCAUUGCGCGGCUCUAGCCUUUCGAUAUGGCUAA